UUUUCCCUUCGUUAUUGUUGACACGGUUUGCAGCUUCUUACCAUACCUGUUUACCUCGUUCUAUGCAACUUGGGCGCACAAUGGAAUCUAACCAAUAUCACCAUUUCUAUUGUCAUCAUCUCCACCAUUUUCUCACGGAGCAAUAAACGGCUAAACUUACUGCUUCACUUGCAUUUUUUAUUGGAAGAGGGCAAUAGGCAGUACAAUUAGAUUCCAUUCUAGCAGAACACAGCGAGAUCAGAGAUGGGUACAGAAGAGGACAAGGAGGAACGGACAAGGAAAUUAACAGAAAAGGGAUCAGGACAAUAUAGUGAAAGGAACUCUUUUUACAGAAACAAGACAGAGAAGGCGUGGGAUGAUGUUCAGAAAGUUUUGGUAAACCUAUAUGAAGUGGACGGCAGCACAGUCGACAUUAUGGAGUCUGACCUUCGCAAGCAUUACGACCACUACGUCUCGGUGUGUUCAGAUUACAUUGAAUUUCUCAAAGGGACAAGAACUGAUGAGAGUGACAAUGAGUUGUGUUUACUUGAAAAAACUUUAUCAAACUGCGGAAGGAUGUUCAAAUCUGCUUUGACGCAGAUCAAAAUAAUCAGGAAUGCAGAUGCGAAAUCUAUUGCGAACACCACUGCUGACUCUUCUGCAUCACGGGAAACAAAGGUUCAAAUUAAGUUGGAAAAAAUAAAGGCAAAGGUAAAGUUGGCUGAAGAGGAAGCUGGAAUUCAAAAACAGUUGGCAGAAAUUAGACAUACAAGAGAGGAGGAGAAGUUGAAGGCAGAAUUAAAUGUUAUCAGUUUGAAAAAGGAGGCCAUCGAAUUAGAAGCGGAAGCAAGGGCUUCAUCAAUUGGAGAAGAUCGGGACAACUCUCCCCCUCCUCCUAUGCGAUUACCAAUGGAAAAGAGUCGUACUGAACGAUAUGUGGCUGAGCAUUUUCAUAAUCCUAUAGUUCAUCCUUUACAUUAUGGACCCUCCAACUCGCCUUACAUCAAAUCAGACCCCUGUGACCGAGAUCCGUUUUGUCGUCAUACACCAAACAACGAUAACAGUGUGGCAUCAGAGCUCACAUCUUUCCUCCUAAAGAAAGACCUUUUGAUGACAACCAUAUCCACCAUUCUCAUUUCUCAUUCACAACUCACGCAUCCAAAUCAAAUACCUUUUCAUACUCGACUGGAAACCAGAAACCUGUCAUCGCUAGAAAGACAGAUGUAA